ACUUCCUGCAUUUUCGAUUCGAUAUCCGCGACUUCUGCUGGUGAAUUUUGCUGCUUUUCCACGAGAGCGAAGCGCCGACUACAUCGCGUUUGUGUCGCGCUGCGUUUUGCUCGAAUUUGCAAAAACGAUUGAGAUACUUCAAUAACAAAUUGCAUUACAUAAAUUAGACUUUCUAAAUAGCUGAGAAAAUUGCAUAAUACACACACACACACAACACGCGCGUAGCUACGUAAUUUGGAAUUCGCGCACAGCAGAGUACAGAUGGUGCACGCAGCAGUAAAUAUCGAUAUAUUUGUCGAGUUUGACCGAAGAGAAUGUUGUUGGAAAGUUCGACCGUUGCGCCGAGGAAAGUUCGUCUCCUCAAAAAAAAAAAAAAACAAAAACAAAAACAAAAAAAACCAAGAAAAUAAGAUUUUGUACAAACAUCUUCUACUGGUCUCGGCAAAAAACGAUACUUCACACGAAGGAGAGCUCUCGAAGACGAAGGUAGUACAGAAGAGAGAUACGUGGAUUAACACAAAUAAGUUCGUCAAGUCACGCGGAAUUCUUGUCCGGUAAAACCUGUACGUGACAGCGCGCCGAUAUCCUCGCGAAUGAAGUCUGAGAUCGAUUCGUUUUUCUUUUUCUUUUCUUUUUUUUUUUCAGCGGAUUAGGACCCGAUGUGUAUCGCGCGUAUGCGAAAGAUACGUGCCUCCCGAGCUGGGCAGGGAAGAGAUGAACGAGGGAAUAGGGUUGAGGACCACUCUCGCGGGCGAGCGAGAGAAACGCUGGCCGACAGAGAGAAGAGGAGAGAGGCGCAGCAGCGGCAGACUGGCUGGAAGGAGUGAGUAUAUGGUAGUUUCCGAGAACGACGGUGCGAGCGGGGACGACGACGCGUCCGUCGAGAGGAACAAGGAACGCGCGAGCCUCGCAGGAGCGUCUUGCGAUCUCCGUGCCUCCCACUUCCGUUUUUACGAAACUUGCAUUUCCGCGGGGCGCCAUUUUGUUCUUUUGUGCGAGGUACCCGUCUGAUAUAACGAUGAGGAUCUUAAGUCCCGCGUUGAUUUGAAAAAUUUUUACUCGCCCAACGAGGUUCGACAAACUCUGGUACAGAGUCGGAUCAUGAGAGGAAUAUACAAACGUCGGAUUCUAAUUGAUUCUCCCGGAAAAUCCGCGUCUCGAAGAGGAAAACAAGCGCGAAUUGAUGCUGCGGAAUGCACCAGGACGGCGAGCAUCUACGCGGCGGUCCUGGAAUCGGCGGCCUAGUGGGGGGGCCCCGUGGAAAAGGAAGGGCCAGUAGAACGAAGCGCGCUGGAACGGGGUCCGAGAGCACACGUUGAACGCGGCCUUGCCUAAUAAACCUCGCGAUAGUUCGCUCGCUCUCGUCUGCGCGUAUUCACGGGAUUCAAGAAUCAGCUCCCGUGUGUCGCGAUACGUCGCGUGGCGUCCGUCGUACCUCGGGAGAAACGCGCGAGUGUUCUCCGAUAGUAGCGCGGCGAUUAUUAAUAGUGUCGUAUCUUGUAACAUAGGAGAGACGUAUAUCUCGACGAAUCAACAGGUAGAAGAGGAAGAAGAAGAAGAAGAAGGAAGAAGCGGCAGAGCACAGCGGCAAAGAAGAGGAGGAAGAUCCGUGCAUACGUGCGCAUCGGCUUGGAACUCGGCGAGGCCGGAUUCCGUGUGCCCUGUGCGUGCCGUGCAUGGUGCGGGGGGACCUGUUGAUAGGUCGCGCAGGUGUACGAAGGAGGGCCCUAUCUCCUUUCCUCCCUCUCCUCGCGAGAGAGCACGCACGAUUCACACGGCGCGUUAUGACCGCCUGAUCGACGAGAGAGGAUCGGCGAGCCGCUCGCUCCUUGCUCUCCAGAUGUCCGGCCGCGAGACACGUAUAUGGUACCGCGGAAAAGAGCGCAACGAGGAAGAAUAACAAUUCUUACGAGCACAGAUUUCGAGAAACACAGCCAGCCAGUCGUCACUUCGACGUUUCCCUUCUCAAGCGGACCCCCGUUUAUUUCUCCCCCCGCGUUCCCCUACCGCGAACCGACGGACACCGGAGAGUGCCCUCCUGGUUUUUGCGUUGUGGACCGCGCGAGUGGUGACCAGUGUGAGGUGAGGUUACGCGUGGUGUAGCCGUGGGAGCCCCUCGUUGAGAUGCCGUGGCUGCUCGAACUACGGACUCGCGAUUAGUUAGGGAGGUAACGUCAGUGAGUGACGACAUCACGAUGCGCAUGUCGCCGCUGCUGAAAUUGGUGCUCGUAGCAGCAGUCGCGCUGCUAACAAGUGCGAAUGCUAACGCAGAGGCGAGCUUACGCAUCAACACGAACACAACAGCAACAUCGUCAUCGUCGUCGUCGUCGUCGUCGUUAUUGUCAUUACCGUCGUCAUCGAAACGUCUCGAAGGGAAAGAGCGCGAACAGGUGAUCGCCGGGAUGGAAGCCAGUCUGCUCCCUCUGCUCGGUUUAACGAAGAAACCCAAGCCGCAGGGCCCGGCGCACGUUCCGCAAUCACUCAGGAAGCUCUACGAGCGUCAGAACGCGAUCGGCACCACUGACAUCGCGAAACGAGGCAUUCACGCGCGAUCGGCCAACACCGUUCGCACGUUUCCACACAUCGAGAGCGACUUGGAUCACAAGUUUAAGAACCCGAACCGCGUUCGGCUGCACUUUGACGUGAGCAAGAUUCCCGACAGCGAGAGUCUACAGGCGGCUGAACUGAAUCUGGCGCGCGUCGCGAUGCCAAGCGUCGAGGGUAAAUCGAAUCGCUGCCGAGUGAUGGUGUACGACAUAAUGCGGCCGGGCACAAAGGGUCGCAGCAAACCGAUACUGCGGCUGAUCGACAGCAAGGUGAUCAACAUGACGCAGAACUACACGAUCAGUCUUGACGUGCAUCCGGCCGUUGCAAGGUGGAUGAAGAAUCACCGUGACAAUCACGGGUUGUUGGUGCACGUGACCGAUGUGAAGGGUGCGCCCGUCGAGCAGCGGGAACACGUGCGACUGAAGCGGGCCGCGGACGAGCACGCGGACGCGUGGGUGGUCAACCGUCCGAUGCUUCUCACAUACAUGGACGACGGCCGCUACAAAAUGGCGACCGCGAAUCAGAUAAUGGAGCGGCGUGCCAGACGGGCCGCCCUUCGCAAAAAUCGGCGGAAGGACGGACGCGAGAAUUGUCGUCGGCAUCCGCUGUACGUUGACUUCGUGGAUGUUGGUUGGAACGACUGGAUUGUUGCGCCGCCCGGAUACGACGCCUUCUACUGCCACGGUGAUUGCCCGUUUCCUCUUGCGGACCAUCUGAACUCGACGAAUCACGCGAUCGUCCAGACGCUCGUUUACUCGACCAAGCCGACGAUGGUGCCAAAGGCGUGUUGCGUGCCAACUCUGCUCAGCUCGAUUUCUAUGCUCUAUCUGGAUGAGGAGAACAAGGUGGUGUUAAAGAACUAUCAGGACAUGUCGGUCCUCGGAUGCGGCUGCCGCUGAGACUCACGGGCCGCGGUGUCUCCUCUUUUAGUCGGCGGCGUGCGAGAUUCGUGUUCUCGUCGUUUCAUCGAGAAACGACUUGCGAAGCAGCGCGGCGACAGGACAAAGAAAGAGAUAUGUUAGUUUUCGCGCGCUGCAAGGGCCGACGUGUUUACAUACGCGUUCAUCGUGUUUGUUUUUUGUGGGUGUAUUGAGUAAAAAAAAAAAAAAAA